AUUCUGAUCUUAAUUUAACUUUCGAAUUAAGUUUUAGAUAGGUUUGCUUUUGCGGCGCCUACUUGUUAGUCUUCGUUUUGCAAAGCCUGAAACCCUCCCAAAAAAUAGUGAUCAAGUAAGAAUGGAGAUGGAGAUGGAGAUGGAGAUGGAGACUUCAAAGGAGACAGAAAUCAAGGCAAGUGAGCUAUUCAAAGCCGCUGAGUUGGGUAACACUUCACUCUUCAGUUCUUUCUCGAAAGAUCAGCUUGCUAAAUUCCUUUCCUUUAGAAACGACGAUGGUCGUUCUCUUCUUCAUGUUGCCGCUUCUUCUGCUCAGUCCAAGGUGGUGGAAAUUCUAGCAGGAGCUGAUUUAGAAGGGAAAGUGAUUAAUAGCAAGGAUGAAGAGGGUUGGGCACCUAUUCAUUCAGCAUCCAGUAUUGGGAAUAUUGAUAUUAUCCAAAUUCUCCUCUCUAAAGGAGCUGAUGUUAACCUGAAAAAUGAUGGUGGUCGUACUGCUCUUCACUAUGCUGCUAGCAAGGGAUGGAAAAAAAUUGCUGAAAUGUUACUUGCCCAUGGUGCAAACGUCAAUGUUAAGGACAAGGUUGGAUGCACUGCACUGCACCGUGCAGCUAGCACAGGGAAUUCAGAGUUGUGUGAACUUCUCAUCGAAGAGGGAGCUGACAUUGACGCUAUUGACAAAGUAAAUCAGACUCCUCUUAUGACUGCUGUCAUAUGUGAUAACAGACAGGUUUCUCUUCUUCUAGUCAGACAUGGAGCAGAUGUGGAUGUAGAAGACAAAGAAGGUUAUACAGCCUUAGGUCGUGCUCCAAAGGAUCUUCAAGACGCCAUUAUUGAUGCUGCAAAAGCCAUGAUGGAAGGCUAAACCAAAAACGAGGCUGUUUCUAACUUUAGGAAGAACGUACAGCAGAGUGGUUUUUUGAUUCUCUGCGUUUAUCGUUAAAUGUCUUGACAAACCCAAAGCUUGCCUUUGACAUUGUCUAACACUAGUUGUCACCUGUAUUUUAUUGGCUUCUAAAAAAUUCGAAAUAUGAACUUCAAACGCGAAUACGAAUAUUUAAUGAAUCACAUGCCAUUUCAAUCGUAUCAA